CCCUAGGAAAGUUGGUGGAAUUAAUUAACCAUUGGAGUAAAAAUUUGGCAAAAAAAAAAAAUUCGAGUGGAGAAAAAAAUAAAAAGGAAAGCACAUAUUCCGAAAAGGAAAAAAAAAAUUAGUCAUGUUCAUAUAGCAACACGUGUUUCAAAAGCCCUAAUUCUUAAAAACCUGAAAACCUCCCCGCCGCGCGACUAAGCCUUCGUCCGUCGUCUGCACCAAACGAUAUCUCGCCAAUUCCAUUCUUCUCAAUCCCUAACCUCCGGUAUCUCGGGUCUUAUCUUUCUACCAAGUGUAUAAUCAAUGGCCGAUAAUACCCGAAAUAUCCGAAACAUAUGCAUACUGGCCCACGUGGACCACGGCAAGACCACCCUCGCCGACCACCUAAUCGCUGGAGCCGGCGCCGGCGUCGUCCACCCCAAACUAGCCGGCCGCCUCCGGUUCAUGGACUAUCUCGACGAGGAACAGAGGCGCGCCAUCACCAUGAAAAGCUCUUCCAUCUCUCUUCAAUACAAAGACCACUCCAUCAACCUCAUCGACUCUCCAGGCCACAUGGACUUUUGCAGCGAGGUCUCCACCGCCGCUCGAUUAAGCGACGGCGCUCUGGUCCUGGUCGACGCCGUUGAGGGCGUCCACAUCCAAACGCACGCCGUUUUGCGCCAGGCUUGGAUUGAGAAGCUCACGCCUUGCUUGGUGCUCAACAAAAUUGACCGGUUGAUCUCCGAGUUGAAAUUGAGUCCCCUGGAGGCUUAUACGAGGUUAGUGCGUAUUGUUCAUGAGGUUAAUGGGAUUGUGAGUGCGUAUAAGAGCGAGAAGUACUUGUCUGACGUUGAUGCUAUACUUUCUGGGCCUUCUGGAGAUGUGGGUAGUGACCAAAAUCUCGCCUUUUUGGAUGUGGAGGAUGAUGAGGAAGAUACGUUUCAGCCCCAGAAGGGCAAUGUAGCGUUUGUCUGUGCUUUGGAUGGUUGGGGUUUUUGUAUUCGUGAGUUUGCUGAGUUUUAUGCUUCGAAACUAGGUGCGAGCACAGCUGCUUUGCAAAAAGCUCUGUGGGGACCCAGGUACUACAAUCCCAAAACCAAGAUGAUUGUGGGGAAGAAAGGUGUAGCUGGUUUAAGUAAAGCCAGACCCAUGUUUGUUCAGUUUGUGCUUGAACCACUUUGGCAGGUUUAUCAGGCUGCUUUGGAAGAUGGUGAUAAUAAUAAAGUGAUGCUUGAGAAAGUAAUCAAGUCUUUUAAUUUGAAUGUACCACCUCGUGAGCUUCAGAACAAGGAUCCUAAGGUUGUGCUUCAAGCUGUGAUGAGCCGCUGGCUUCCUCUGUUUGAUGCAGUCUUGUCAAUGGUGGUUAGGUGUAUGCCUGACCCAGUUGCAGCACAGGCAUAUCGAAUAACACGGUUGCUUCCCAAAAGACAGGUUCUGAAUGAUGGGGUUGAUCCCAACGUGCUUGCUGAGGCAGAGCUUGUGAGAAAAUCAGUUGAAGCUUGUGAUUCGAGGCCAGAAGCUCCUUGUGUUGCUUUUGUAUCCAAAAUGUUUGCUGUCCCAAUGAAAGUACUUCCACAGAGGGGAUUACAUGGGGAAAUCAUAAACAACGUAAGUGAUGAGGGUGAAUUGAAUGAGUGUUUCCUUGCAUUUGCAAGGAUCUUUAGUGGGGUUCUUUAUUCAGGCCAGAAAGUUUAUGUGCUUUCAGCUUUGUAUGAUCCAUUAAAAGGGGAGUCAAUGAAGAAGCAUAUCCAGGAGGCUGAGUUGCAAUCUUUAUAUCUCAUGAUGGGCCAAGGCUUAACACAUGUGGCCUCUGCACAUGCCGGGAAUCUUGUGGCAAUUCGAGGCCUUGGCCAGCAUAUACUGAAAAGUGCAACACUUUCGUCAACUAGAAACUGUUGGCCUUUCUCCAGUAUGGCAUUCCAAGUUUCUCCCACUCUGAGAGUGGCAAUUGAGCCUUCUUAUCCUGCAGACAUGGGUGCCCUGACGAAGGGUUUACGGCUGCUUAACCGGGCAGACCCGUUUGUAGAGGUCACGGUUUCUGCUAGGGGAGAGCAUGUUCUGUCUGCUGCAGGAGAGGUACAUCUUGAAAGAUGCAUAAAGGAUUUGAAGGAGAGAUUUGCAAGGAUAGACUUGAAAGUGUCUCCACCUCUUGUUUCUUAUAAAGAGACCAUUGAGGGAGAUGUAGUCGAUAAACUUGAGAAUUUGAAAUUGUUUCUUAAGAGCUCAGAUUGUGUUAAGAAAAAGACGCCAAAUGAAAGGUGUACUAUUAAGGUGCGAGUCAUAAAGCUGCCACCUUCUUUAACUAAGGUGCUUGAGGAGAAUUCUGGUUUACUUGGAGAAAUCAUCGAAGGUAAUGCCCAGACCAUUAAAAGUUUGGACACAAAGAUUUCAAGGAUUGAAGAAGAUGAGAAUCCAACGGAAGCACUGACGAAAUGUAUCAUGGAUGCUGUGGAGAGUGAUAUUUAUUCUAGUGGUGAAAAUGACAAGGAUCGGGUUGAGAAAUGUAAACUGAAGUGGCAAAAACUUCUUAAAAGGAUAUGGGCACUUGGCCCUUCACAGGUUGGUCCUAACAUCCUGCUUAUGCCAGACCUUAAAGGAAGGGAUACUGAUGGCUCUGUCCUCAUCCGUGGCAACUCUCACGUAUCUGAAAAAUUAGGAUUUGUGGAUGCUUGUGGCAGUGGAAAUGUAGCUGGUGAUACAUCUUCAGAAGUAACUCAAGCAUUGUAUGAGGAGGCAGAGAGCCUUGAAAGCAGUGUUGUAUCUGGGUUUCAAGUGGCGACUGCAGCUGGACCUUUAUGUGAUGAACCUAUGUGGGGUUUAGCAUUUCUUAUUGAGGCCGAAAUUGAACCAUUGACUGCUCAAUGUGAUGAGGUGGAAGCCUCCCAUCAGCAACAUGAACAAUAUGGCAUCUUCAGAGGACAGGUAAUGACAACCGUCAAAGAUGCUUGUAGAGAAGCCGUCCUUCAAAAGAAGCCUCGGCUUGUGGAAGCCAUGUACUUCUGUGAGUUGAACACAUCAACCGAGCAUUUGGGUUCUAUGUACGCUGUGCUUGGGAGAAGGCGGGCUAGAGUUUUAAAGGAGGAAAUGCAGGAAGGCUCCCCAUUGUUCACCGUGCAUGCAUAUCUGCCAGUUUCUGAAAGCUUUGGUUUUGCAGACGAGCUUAGAAGAUGGACUUCUGGUGCUGCAAGUGCUCUUCUUGUGCUUAGUCACUGGGAAGCACUUCCCGACGAUCCUUUCUUUGUACCAAAAACAGAAGAGGAAAUUGAGGAGUUUGGUGAUGGUUCUAGUGUGCUUCCCAAUACUGCGAGGAAACUAAUUAAUGCCGUAAGACGGAAGAAGGGCCUUCAUGUAGAGGAAAAAGUAGUACAGCACGCAACAAAGCAGAGGACCCUGGCUCGUAAAGUGUAGAGGUUGUCGAUAUAGUUGAUGAGUGAUUUAACUCCUUCAGUGCAGAGGAUCCUUCUCUAUAUUGUGAAGGGACAAUUUUGUAGUCCUUUGUGAGUGAUCAACUCCUUUUUGCGAAAGUAUAGAGGUUGUUGAUAUAGUUGUAAUGUGCUUACUUUAGUAUAAUUUCAUUUUAUUGUUGGAUUUUGCGGUAGCUGGCAUUUGAGUUUUAUCUUCUCUUAGGAUUAGGAUUUUUUUAGUGCUUUGGUAAUACCAGAGAGAUCAUAUUUUGUUGAAGGUAAACA